AUGACCGAGGCCAAUUUCCAAACAACUAGUAACAGUGUUGAAUAUAAUGGUGCAGGUUCAUCCCAGCAAUUUCAAAGAAGACAAGCGCUCCGAGACGUAACUCAGGAAAACAACUUUUUAAAGGAAAAUAAAUUUGGAUCUCAAAAGACGGAUUUGCCUACUUUUCUAAUUGUUGCCAGAUUUGAAGAAAUUUCAGAUUUCUGUUUUGCUGUCAAUGAAACGUUACGUAAAAGUCUACUCGCAUGGCACUUUAGUCUAAUUCCAUUGAUUGACAAUCCGAAUGGUUCAGAUAUCGGACGUGAAUAUCCUCCCAGCCCGUAUUCUCCAGAAUUUAGAAAAUGUGGAAUUGAUAAGAAGGGAUAUAUUUGUGAUCCUGAACUAAUUCUCUCUGAUCAAGCCAGACAAUCGCUAAACGAGCAAUUGUUACAGUAUCCUCGAGAGACACCGUGUUUGUGUCAUCCAUGCUAUCGAAAUGAAGCGAAUUUAAAUGCCAGACUUGUUGUAUCUGCCCUUGUGACCAAGAGACCUCCAAAGUAA